AUGUAUGAUGACAUAUGUGCUGUUUCAUUUGUGAUAUUGAUAACAGAUGGGAAAGAGAAGACUGCGAAGCAAGUGAUAGAAGUAUUUGAUGGGGAGAAGAAGACGAUCGCAUUCAGGAUCAUAGAAGGAGAUCUGUUGCAGCUGUACAAGACCUUCAUAGUCCUGCUUCACGUGGAAACGAAAGGGAGCAAGAACUGGGCGACAUGGGUAUUUGACUACGAGAAGCUGGGUCCUGAUGUUGAAGAUCCGGUCAGCCUUCUGGACGACUUGACCGACGUUGUCAAAGACAUUGAUGCCCAUCAUUCCAAGUAAUGGAUGGAUCAAGCAAAGCGUACGAAGCUGUCGUGCUUGGAACUAGUGUACUUCUAUGUGGUCAAUAAUUAAGGAUGAGAAUAAUUUGUACCUUUUGAGGGUACCAGUGUGGUGAGAGUACUUAAAAAUGUUGUGAUCAA